AUGAGGCUCUUCUGGCUGAUGACCCAGAAGAACUUCUUGGUGAUGUGGAGAAGCCGAUUAUGGACAGUCAUCGAGCUCAUUCUCCCGCUCAUUAUCGGGAUCCCAGUCUCAAUUCUGAUAUUCAAAGACGGCGACGAGAUUAAUAUGGACUUCAACUAUGCUCCUCAAGAAAUUAGGGACCAUUGGACCGGAGGUGAACAAUAUGCUUUUAGUGUUGGCCCUACCGUUGAUCAUAGUAUUGUUUACAAUUUAAUAAAUAUCACUUGUGCCCGGAAAACGCAAUACGGCACGAAUUGUGGGUUAAAUCCGGUGGCGACUGAGAAGGAGUUGUUUGAUUUGUUGCAACAACCAUAUAACUACGACCAAACCUCCGCCUCAAUCAGCUUUGGCUUCAUGAUCGACGAGAUCGACCCAGCGACCAAGAAGUUCAGCUACCGCGUCUUCUACCCAAACUGGGUUUUAAAUGACGGUCUCGGCGAAGACUGGCAAAACGAGGACCCGUAUGCAAAUAUUGGGAAGAGCUGGUGGGGGGGCAAUAUCGUGUCUAUUAACGUGUUAUUCUAUUUUCUGCCUCUCUACCUCUACGUCCUAGCCGCUGUUGUAGCUGCUGCAGCAGUAGCUAGUAUUUUUGCUACCUCAAAUAGCACUAUCAGAGUGAUUACCGUACUCCAUCCGCUCUUUAUCUUCCUGGGCGUUUUUGGACAAACAACACCUUCGAUUUAUAAUCCCUGGAUCUCGGCUGUAGCUUCACUAAGUUAUAAUGGUGCUCUCGGAAGAAUGAUGCAGGCUGUCCAAAGCUAUUUAUACAGAAACCGCGCACUCUCUUUCUCCGAAUUUUUCGAGCAGCCAAAUUACAUUUUCAACAUUGGCCCUAUUAUGCUAAUGCUGUUGUUGGAUAUUUUUUGGAUGAGUCUCGUGAUCGUGGCGGCCGAGAUCUAUCACAAAAAUACCGAUUUUUCGAUCGUCACUUUCUUAAGGAGCUGUUUUUCGAAAAACUCCAAGGUCCAUACGGAGUCUACAGAUGAUGUCAAAGUCCUGAGAGACAGUCACGAGCCGAUAGAUGAUAAAGCUGAAGCGGAUAUUGUUGUAGAAGGCCUAUCAAAGAUGUGGGGUUCCACCGGUGACUAUGCAGUUCAGAAUAUGAAUUUGCGCGCGAAGAGGGGAGAGGUUACCGUACUCCUCGGCCACAAUGGUGCUGGAAAGAGUACCACUUUUUCUGUACUUUGUGGAAUUACGCCACCAACUUCGGGACUUGUCAAGGUAAAUGCCGAAAGAGUCGGAUACUGCCCGCAAGCUAAUGCACUUUUUGAGAAACUUACAGCAAUGGAACAUUUGUGGUUUUUCCACAAGGUCAAGGGAGCUACAAAUGAUUGGCGAGAGGAGGGAACACAACUUUUAGAAGCGCUGAAGAUGGGUGAGAAAUUGAAUACGAAUUCCAUGGCUCUUUCCGGAGGUAUGAAGCGGAAACUGUGCUUGUCAAUGGCACUGAUUGGUGACUCGAGAGUUGUAAUGCUUGAUGAGCCAACAGCCGGAAUGGACACAGGAGCGCGACAGGAUGUCGAAAGGAUGCUAGAUCAGGAAAAGCGAGACCGCACCAUCCUCUUAACAACCCAUUAUAUGGAUGAAGCCGAAGCUCUUGGGGAUCGAAUUGUAAUUAUGGUCCGAGGUAGGGAUGUGGCAGCUGGGAGCAUCAACUUUUUGAAACGACGAUUCGGUACCGGAUACGUACUUACUGUCGUCAUGCAGGAUGAACAUCUACGAGAAUCCAGUGGGACGAUGUUGCUCUCGGACGUUCAAACCUAUGUGAGAACUGCUAGUCUGACGAGAUUUCAUGGAAAACAGAUUGAAAUUUCGCUGCCAGUAGAAGAGCAAGAGAACUUUGCCGAACUUUUUGGGUACCUUGAAAAAGACCAGAAGGCCCUUGGAGUUUCUUCUUUUGGAUUGUCAAUCAAUAAUUUGGAGCAAGUGUUCUUACGUGUCGGAGAAAUGGCGGAACAUGGUGAAGAUGGUACUGUCGCUAGGAAAGAAAUGUUCGACCCGGAAUUGGAUGAAAGGGCUACUGGAUUCACGCAGCACCUCCAGUUAAUGGUAUUGCUGUGGAAAAGAUGGAUAUACUCGAUCCGAAAUUGGUCUCAAUGGAUAUAUCAGUUGAUCUUUCCAUUAGUUAUUGUGUUCCUUCUUGCAUCUCUUAUUAACUGGCGUGAUAUUACGAAUACUGUAGGAGGUGUUUCAGCAAAAGUCCGCGACGUGUCCUUCGACAACAUGGGAAAAAUGAAGUUCUACGUAGCCGGGAACACCAGCGACGUCAAGAAUGACUAUAUUCUGAAUCAGGCCAAAGCUUCUAAACAUCUGAAAGUUGAAUACAUCGAUGAUCCUGAUUACUUGACCGCGAUUAGGAAUAAGCCGUUAGAUCUACCGCCGGCCGGAUGCGGAAUGGUUUUUUACAAUGAAACCCCACAUUUUAUCUACAAUGGAGCAGCUUACUGGCCUCUUCCCGCUCUUAUUAACAACGUCGCUAAUGCAUAUUUGGAUCAGCAUGGUGGUGGCCAUAUCUCGAUGGGGAUUGGUUUGAUUAAAAAAUCGCAUCAUGCUUCCAAACAGGAGAAGGAGGUUUCAUCCCAGAUCGAGGAUAUUGCAAUUGGCUUAAUCGCUGUUCUUGUUUUUGCUAUGCUAACAUCACCUCUAGCUAUUUUCCAUGUUGUCGAACGCGUAACAAAAUUUUUGCAUCAGCAACACCUAACUGCCGUCCCAGUCUGGACCCUUUAUACAGCUUCUGUAAUCUACGAUACAAUCACGUUUAUCGUUAUGACAGCUUUGAUUACUGUCGCUUUCCAUGUGGGCGGUUGGGCAGAGGGGGAGAUGUUACGAAUCAUUAUUGUGUUUAUCCUCUACUUCGUAGCUUCGCUUCCGAUGGUAUACAUGUUCUCGUCGUUCUUCGAUUCUGCUCCGAGGGCAAAUUCCCUAAUCACCAUUAUCCAAUCGAUGGGCGCUUAUGGAUCCUUAAUCAUUAUUGCAAUUAUUGAAGGCUUUACCAGCUGGGAUCCAAAAAUCCUUGCCUACUUCCUACAAUUCUUCCUACCCUCAUUCGGUCUAUAUCGAGGGAUCACGUUCUCGCGCGAGCUUGGAAGACAAAAAGACCCACUUUAUGAGGGAGAUCCGGAUGCAAAGAAUAAAUACGGCUUGACGCUUGGCCUUCUAAUCGCUUCUGCCGUAUGUCUCAUCAUAUUAACUUUCUUGUCACGCUGGCCAAAAUUACGCUAUAUUAUUGCUCGUCGAAGCCGCCCGAUUCCACCUGCGAUUGUCGCCGAAGAUUCUGACGUUGCUCGGGAACGCACAGAAGUGGCUGACAAAGCCAAUAAUCAACAUUAUGCGCUUACGAUCAAAGAGCUCACCAAGAAUUAUGGAAAAUUUACGGCGCUUAAUAAACUGAGUAUGGGCGUCAGUCAUGCGGAGUGUUUUGGACUUUUGGGUGUGAAUGGAGCUGGAAAAACGACAACUUUCGGAAUUUUGACCGGAGAAAUGUUUGCGAGCAGUGGGAAUGCGUAUCUGGAAAAUAAGGAGAUUUCCGGGAUUACGACCAUGGGGUAUUGCCCCCAGUUUGAUGCCUAUCUUAGCGAAUUGACCGGAAGGGAGGUGCUAUGGAUUCUGGGUACACUUUAUGGGUAUAGGAAUCCGGAGAAAAAAGCCGAUUCGAUUUUGAGAGCUGUAUUGAUGGAUGAUCAUGGGCAUAAGCAAUUAAAACAUUGCAGUGGUGGUCAAAAGCGAAAGAUCAGUGUGGGAAUCGCGCUUUUAGCUAGAAGCCCACUGAUCAUUUUGGAUGAACCGACAGCAGGGAUCGAUCCUAGGGCUCGACGUGAAAUCUGGUCCCUAAUUGGUGUUAUCCGAGAUGUCGAAAGACGCGCCGUCAUCCUUUGCUCGCACUCAAUGGAUGAAUGUGAAGCUCUUUGCACUAGGGUUGGGAUCCUGGUCAAAGGUCACUUGAGGGCCAUUGGAACUACGCAACAUUUGAAAUCAAAGUAUGGCAACAGCUACCAAAUGACGCUCGUCUAUUCAACGGAAUUCAGGGCUGAUAGCGAUAUGGUUAAUGCUGAGGUAUCUGCGGCGUUCCCGGGAGCCACACAACAUACCGAAGGCGUUCAGAAUAAUGUGUUUAGAUUUACGAUCCCCAAACGGGAAGGAGAUAGAUGGUCCUCCCUGUGGAAGCGUGGAGAAGUCGUCAAGCGAACGACAGGAGCUGUUGACUUCUCAAUAGCCCAGAACACGUUGACCCAAACAUUUUUGUCCUUAUCUGGAGAGGGAGGGGAUCGUAUUAAUGAA